GUCAUUUUCGUCCAAUCCAAUGGUGGAAAAUGUAGUUUUCAAAACUCGAGCAGUGCAUUAUUAGUAGUAUAUAAAAUUGACAAGACUUGAUAAGAUACUUAUUAGUUGAAGGUGUAAUCUUCAAUUACAAUCCAAAAUGGGGGAUGACAGUGAAUGGAUGAAGUUACCUACAGAUGAGAAAGUUCAGCACAAGGUGUGGAAAGCUCGUCUAGCAGGAUAUGAGGAAGCCUGUAAACUUUUUGGUUCUAUCGGCAACGAAAAGUCCCCCGAGUUUAACAAAUAUGCUGGUAUAAUGAAGAAAUUUGUAACAGAUACCAAUGCUGUUGCUCAGGAAAAAGCUCUGGAUGCUGUCAUAGCAUUUGUGGAGAAUGCUAAUGUAGCAGGAAGGGUCUGCCAAGAUAUUAUUCAGGGAGUGAUCACUAAGUGUUUCAAUGCCAGCAAGCAGAGAACAAAGGAAAAAGGAAUAGAAAUUGUCAUGUUGUACAUAGAAAUGGAAAAACAAGACAUAGUUCAGGAAUGCUUGAUAGAAGGAUUAGGCAACAAGCAGCCAAAAAUUGUGGUUGUCACCAUUCAGACACUGCGUAUGGCUCUCAGGGAUUUUGGAAAUAAGAUCAUGCCUAUCAAACCCCUCGUACCAAAGCUACCCAAACUGUUGGAAGACCGAGACAAGAAUGUAAGGGAGGAAGCCAAACUUCUCAUUAUAGAAAUGUACAGAUGGAUUAAACAAGCCAUCAAACCACAAAUGACCAACUUCAAUCCAAUACAGGUAGCUGAACUGGAAGCAGAGUUUGAGAAAAUUGGAAAUGAGAAGCCUCAACAGCAGAGAUUUCUACGUUCACAACAAGAUCUGAAGGCCAAGAUGGAGGAACAAGCACUAGCUGGGGGAGGGGGUGAUGAGGGAGAGGAGGAGGCAGAGGAUGAAGUGGAUGCCUAUGAACUGCUUUCAGCUGUUGAUAUUCUUGCCUUGCUUCCUAAAGAUUUUUAUGAUAAAAUUGAAUCCAAGAAAUGGCAGGAGAGAAAGGAAGCCUUGGAGGCCCUAGAGAAGUUGACCAGCAAUCCCAAACUGGAGGGAGGGGACUACGGUCAGCUUGUAAGGGCCCUACUCAAGGUGAUCAGCAAAGAUACCAAUGUAAUGCUGGUAGCACUAGGUGGGAAAUGUUUAGCUGGAAUUGCUAAUGGACUACGUAAAAAGUUUACGCCUUAUGGAGUCAAUACUGUGCAGUGUGUCCUCGAGAAAUUCAAGGAAAAGAAACAGAUGGUUGUGGUAGCCCUUAGAGAGUGUAUUGAUGCUGCCUUUCCAAGUAUAACAUUGGAUGCAGUACAAGAAGACAUUGUAGCAGCCCUAGACAAUAAGAAUCCCUCCAUCAAAGCAGAAACGGCCAGCUUCCUGGCAAGAUGUUUUGCCAAGAGUACGAUGAGCACACUGCCAAAGAAAUUACUCAAACUAUUCUGUACAAGUUUGAUGAAGACUGUAUCGGAUACUGCACCAGACGUCAGGGAGGCGUCAUUCCAGGCGCUGGGAACAGCAAUGAAGGUCGUGUCCGAGAAACACAUGAUGCCAUUUCUUGUGGAUGUGGAUAACAUUAAGAUGCAGAAGAUUAAGGAAUGUUGUGAUUCUGCUGUGUUGUUAAAUAUGAAGGGAGAACCGAGGUCGGGGCAGGCGGCCAGCAAACCAGCUGACAACCAGCCCAAACCAGUUCAGCGACCGGCCACAGCCCCAUCAGCAGCUGCAAAGGGGACAUCAUCUCGUCCUUCCACAGCACACCCUAGUGGUAAAAGUAAGGCUUCUUCAGGGCCCCCAAAGAAAGCAGCAGCUAAAGGGAAGGGGACAAAGAAAGGCCCAGCUGGAGGAGAUAAACAGGAAAUCACGGAGGCUGUACUGUCUGAUGAAGCUGUGGAUGAGAAAGCUGAGGACUUAUUUACUGCUGAUGUUCUUAAACAGCUUGUCAGUGCCAACUGGAAGGAGAGACUGGAGGGAAUUCAGAGAGUCACAGAUAUUGUGAAGGAAAAGAGUAAAGAAGAGUUAAAGACACAGGUGGUGGUGAGGACAGUCGCUAAAAAGCCUGGUCUUAAGGAUAAUAACUUUCAGGUGCUUAAAUGUAAGAUGGACUUGCUGGCACAUCUAGGAAAGAACACAGUGUUUACCAAAGUGUCGGCUGGGUACGUUCUCAGUGACCUUGUGGACAAGAUUGCGGACGUGAAGAAUGGAUCAGCUGUUCAGGAGGCCCUCAGUUGUAUAUCAGAGGCCUGUACUCUGGAGUUUGUAGGCAAAGAGGUCAUCACGAUGGCAUUUGAGCAGAAGAAUCCAAAGGUCCAGUCAGAAUCCCUCAACUGGCUGUCCACUGCCAUUAAGGAGUUCGGCCUAAAAGUGAAUGUAAAGUUGUUGAUUGAAAACAUCAAAAAAUCCUUUGCUCAUACAAAUCCAGUAGUGAGAUCAGCAGGGAUUGGGCUGUGUGGUGUUAUCUAUAUGUACAUGGGACAGAACUUCAGGAUCAUGUAUGACAAUGAGAAACCAGCUCUACUUAAAGAAUUAGAUGCUGAAAUAGAAAAGGUGAAAGGAGAGAAACCCCCUGCCCCAGUUCGAGGUCUUGCUGCUGGGGGAGAUGCUGAUGAAGAGGAUGAUGAUGCAGACCAAGAUGACAAAGAUGAUGAUAAGAUUGAUGACUCAUUGCCUAGGACUGAUAUCAGUGAGAGGAUAACUCCUGAGCUGGUUGACGAGAUGGCAGACAAGAACUGGAAGAUAAGAAAGGAGGCGUUGGAGAAAGUCGAGGCCAUUCUAAAGGAGGCGCCUUUUGUUGCCCCCAGUUUAGGCCCCCUACCGGAGGCUCUCAAACUGAGGCUGAAUGAUAACAACAAAAUACUGAUCGGUACCACCCUGGGAAUAUGUUCCUCCCUGGGUACAAAAUUGGGACCUCACUGUAAAGUCCACAUCAAAGUGAUGGGACCUGCCAUCAUUAGCUGCUUUGGAGAUAGCAAGCCUAACCUCAGAGCCUCUGCAGUGUCUACACUGAAUGUUUGGAUGGAGAACUGUAAUCUGAUACCACUGGUGGAGCAGGAGACUUUCAGUGAUGCACUCAAACUGGAAAACCCAAAUCUCAGGCAGGAGUUGCUUGGAUGGUUGAGUGAGAAACUACCCAAUCACAAACCACUUCCUGCUGAGUUUAAGUUAUGUAUACCUCACCUGCUGUCUUGCCUUGAGGAUAGAAAUGGAGAAGUCCGUAAAAAAGCUCAGGAUGCCAUUGUCCCCUUCAUGAUCCACACUGGAUAUGACUCUGUUUUCAGAGCUUGUUCAAAACUAAAGCCUGCAUCAAAAGAUCAGAUUAUGGCAAUUAUUGAGAAAGCCAAGGCUAAUCUGCCAGCCAAGCCAGUUAAGGCAAAGAAGGCCCCGGCCAAGGCUUCAUCGGCCGCAGUAGUGGUGGACGACUAUGAGGAGGAAGUUAAGGCCCCCAGCAGGCCCCUGUCUACAGCCUCCUCAGAGGGAGCUGCAGAGUCCAAACCAGAGACCAAGGCUAAGACAGUCAGAGGAAAGGCCAAGGCUGCUGCACCAGCUACUAGCAAGAAAAAGAAAACAGAGGAGGAUACCAGUCCUCCCAUGAAUCUAACAGUCCCUAAAGAAAAAAGAUUCAAGGAUGAAAAAAGUCUCAAGGUUCUGAAGUGGAACUUUAUUCAGCUGACUGGGGAGUAUGUAGAACAGCUGACCGUUCAGAUGGAGAAAAACUUCAGUAAGGGGAUGAUGGACAUGAUGUUUAAUGUGGACUUCAAACAACACACCAAGGCCAUAGAGAUUCUCAUCAAGAGCCUUGACACUCUAACUGAUGAGACAGUUGGUAACUUGGAUUUACUUCUGAAGUGGUUCACGGUGCGUUUUCUGGACACUAACCCCAGCAUGCUGAAUAAAGCCCUGGAGUAUCUGAGAAAGGUGUUUACAAUGCUGGUAGACAUGGACUACAGUCUACACGAGUACGAAGCCUGCUCCUUCAUACCUUAUCUUAUUAUCAAGGUUGGAGAUGCUAAAGAUAAUGUCAGAAAGGAUGUGCGUGGAAUUAUCAAAAUUCUAUACAAACUUUAUCCUGUCAGUAAAAUGUUCACCUUCUUAAUGGAUGGCAUCAAAUCCAAAAAUGCUAAGCAGAGGAUGGAAUGCAUAGAGGAGCUGGGGAACUUGAUAGAGUCCUAUGGUCUAUCAGUGUGUCAGCCAAGUCCUAAUGUGGCCUUAAAGAAUAUCACUGGUCAGAUAGGUGAUCGAGACAAUGGAGUGAGGAACGCAGCCCUGAACGCAGCAGUGCAGGCUUACAUGGUGGUGGGAGAGAACCAGUUCUAUAAACUAACAGGAAAUCUGAAUGACAAAGACCAGAGUCUCCUGGAUGAAAGAAUCAAGAGAUCACUGAAGAAUAAACCUGCACCAAAGGCAAAGGAGGAAGAGAGACCCAAGACAGCACCAACCCAGCCCCAGAGGUCGGCCUCUCAGACACAGAUUCAAAGACCAACCACUGCUUUACCAAAGUCUGCCUCCUCGACUUCAAUGAAGAAGACAUUCCUCCCUGAGUUUGAGUAUCAGAAGACUGAGAUGGAGAUGCCCAAGCUGUACCAGUAUGAUCUAGAUGAGCUAUUUAAACCACUGGAAAUGCCUAAAAUCAAUAGGGCUAGAGAUCCCUCUCCAAUGACACGAGUGAGUCCUGCGGACGCCUCAGCCACGAUAGGCGUGGUCAUCGCCCAGAUCACAAGUACAGAUGUCCUCACCUGUAUUCAGGCACUGGCCCAGAUCGAUGAAUUAUUGAAGGAUGAGGAACACGCACGUCUUCUAGGCGACCAUGUUGAUCAGCUGAUGCUGCACAUUUCUAUGCAGUUCAGGAUGACUCUAUCAACACACAUGAACAAUGAGGAUGUUCCUAAGGAGGAUGUUGUUAGACUAUAUAGAUGUUUGCUAGGAACACUCCUGGCUCUUACUCAGAAUCCUUUCCUGGCCACAAAGACAUCGAAGGAAAUCCUGAAGGACCUGUUUAACAGCCUGAUAACAUUGUUACUGGACCAGCGUCUGAGUCUCCUCAAUGACGGCCCCCAGGUGGUCAGGUCCGUUAACGUGAUGAUCGUAAAACUGAUGGAGAAAUCCGACUACACCAACACAAUGUGUGCCCUCAUCAAGUCAUUACAGGACUGUGUGGCCACUGAAACCUUCUCUCCCAAGUUCUCAGAACUUGUCAUGAAGUGUAUUUGGAAGAUGAUUAAAAUGAUUCCAGAGAUUAUCAAUGAUCUGGCAGUUGACAGGAUCCUUCUAGAAACUCACCUAUUCCUUAGAAACUUCCCAACCAGUACAUGGAAGAGCAGACCUAGUGAUUUACCUCUUAUUAAAACAGUCCAUGCUUUAUGUGCUUUUUUGAAGGAUGGUUACAUACUUCCCAUAAUUCACAUUAGUAUUCUUGGACAAUUGAAUUUAAUAGAUGCCUCUGAAAAUUCAGAAGUCAAAAUGUUUUUACAAAAAAGUUUGAAAAAGGAUCCAAACUCGAGGAAUGAAAUGAAUGGUACAUCAGAUGACACAGACUCAGGCAAGAGCCAUCAGAAACCAAAGAAACUGAACAAGAGUACACAUGAUAUGUUGGCAGAGAUCUUUAAGAAAAUAGGAUCUAAGGAGAACACGAUAGAGGGACUAAAUAACCUGUAUGACUUUAAGAAGAAGCACCCUGAGGCAGACUUGGACCCAUUCCUGAAGAUGUCCUCUCAGUACUUUCAGAAUUAUUACCGUCUAGCUAAUGAACCUGCAUUCUCAUGCAUAUUAGUUCAAUUAGGCAUUGGGCCAACUGUACCUUCUGCAAUAUCGGCACCUUCAGCAUCCUCUGAUGAUGGCUUGGAUGUCAAUUUCUACCUCGAUAAGUUAAGGACAAUUCGUGCCAAAUGUGGACUCGAGAACACAGAUCCAUCUAAACAAGAGAAUGUAAUGUCUAAGAAAGAAGACAAACCAGAAAAAGCUGAAAAAAUAGCACUAGAAGAAAAAAAUGAAACAGUUGAGAUAAGUGUUAAGCCAGUCCUGUCAUCAUCAGAGAAUCGUGAGAACAAUCCCCAGGCCGCUAGUGCCCCCUCGGCGCCCUCAGCAGAUGUGUCAGAACUCAAACAGAGGCUAGAACGCAUCAAAAAGCUAGCCAAAAGCUGAAACACCAAUCAAAACUCAAAUGUGUUCAUUUCAAGUUAUGAUCAGGCUGUUCUUUUGGUGAUACCUGAGUACAUUGUAUCUGAGCUGUGGAGAAACCAUGUGGAAAGGCUGAGAUAGAGAGGAUCCAGUCUACUCAUUUUGACACAACUUGUGAACAGCUUUCAUCCAUAAGUGCUUUAUUCAUGCCAACCUUAAAGUAUUAAGAUAUUUAUGGUGUUUUGUGCAAAUGAUUUUUUUGCCAAUUAUUAUGUAUAUUAUGUUAAUGUGAUUGUUGAACAUCAAAAUAUUUUAAUAGCUGAGUGUAGUGACUCUGAAAGCAAGCUUAACUUGUGUCACCAAAGGAGCAAAGCAGGAAAUGCACUCUUUAUCAAUGGAGCUCUGAAUGCAAUGAAUGUAUAACCUUAAACCCACUUUAAUGUUUCAAAACAGUCAGUACUGUUGGUAUUUGAUUUAAACUGUGAUAGAUAAUGCCCUUGAUACGUGUACAUGUAUGAAUGGUUUUGAUCUAAUUUAAGUGAAAACCAAGCCUCAUAAUGAAACCUUUAAUGUGUAUUUUCUCCCCUUAAUCUCCAACUGUAAGUAUAUUAUAAAAGCAAGAGAGACUGAGUGAGAUUGUUUUGUAAAUUAACAAACAGUUAAGGUAUGUAUUGAAGUCUUGUUCCUCCUUGGUUUUAUGCAUUUUCUUGUUUUAAAGAAUAUGCAGUUUGCUUUAUUUUAGACAACAUUUUAAAAUGUCAUAUCCUACAAAAGUGAAUGAGUGCACUUAAUUUCAAGUUAAACAUUGAAAUUUAGUCAUAUUUUGUAUUAAAUUAUUCUAGCUUAUAAAAAUGUUUAUUGUAAUGGCUAAAAUGUUGGAAGCUAUUGAAGUCUUUUUUUUUUGUUAAAAUGUGAUACUUGUACUUUCUCACAAUUUCUAUUCUGUCCUUAGCUUUCACUUUCUCUCUGCCCUUACAAGUUAACAUGUCAGAGAACCAAAUUACUGCCCUAAAAUGUCAGGGAACCAGAUUACUGCCCUGAUAUGUCAGGGAACCAGAUUACUGCCCUAACAUGUCAGGGAACUGUGCUUGGUGAUAUGUGUUGUGCUUCCUUGUUUAUGCCUUGUUAUCUGUCUGAUAACAAUUUUAUUUAGUUCAGUGUAAACAUUUGGGUAUCCAUGUUCAAAUUAAUACAAAAAAUAAAUGGUAAAGUGUGA